CAUUCCUUUACUGUCAGUGAGUGUGCGGCGACAGAUACCCAUCGGUGAGCCAACAAUCCAGCUCCAAGUAUAAACUAUGGAAGAGAUUAAUAACGUUGAAGUCACUCCGUGCACAGAGUCCGAUUAUCUGAAACCGUUCAGGGUGCACUAUAACCAGAAUGGCACAAAGAAAUCCUGGGACUUCAUGCGAACCCAUGAUAGUGUGUCAGUGCUGAUCUUCAACACCAGCUCACACUGUUUUGUCCUCGUCAAGCAGUUCCGCCCAGCUGUAUACAUGUGCGAGUGGGAAAGGGCCAAGACGCAGCCGCCUCAGUCGGCGGAAAAAACUGAGGAGGGCGCCUCCGAAGCCGCCGCCCCUGUCCCCGAGUCUCCGGAGGGCCAGUCGGCCUCAGAGGGGGAGAGCUCUUCUCAGUGGCCCCCGGCCUCAGCGGGGGUCACCUACGAGCUCUGCGCCGGGCUGGUGGACAAACCCGACCUAUCUCUGGAGGAGAUCGCCCGGCAGGAGGUGCUGGAGGAGUGUGGCUACGAUGUGCCUGCCUCUAAACUGAAGAGGAUUACUUCUUACAGGUCAGGCGUAGGUGUAACAGGAGCCAAGCAGACUAUGUUUUACGCCGAGGUGUCUGACGACAACUGCGUGAGUGCAGGUGGAGGUGAGCCCCGGGAGGGAGAGCUCAUCGAGGUGGUCAAAGUCCCGCUGCACGAGGCCAUGACGUUUGCCUAUGACGAGCGUAUACCCAAAAACAUGGGCGUAGUUUUUAGUUUCAUCUGGUUCCACAAUAACAUGUCUCCCAAGUACAAGAUCUCCACCAACGUGUAACUAGUAUUAACCAACCAUUCUUUAUACCGUUUAUUCCAAAUUAAAUCAAACACUGGCCCAGCACAUCCACUCUUCCCCUUCAUGGCUCUUCAUCCUGUAUUGCCUUUUUGCUUAUUGGUACAUGAUGACAGGUGGGCCCCUUGUCUUGUUGCCAACAGGUAUCUUUAAGUUUUGUCCCGUUAACCUUUUUAAGUUUCAUGUGGUCUUCAUAUUUUCCCUUAAAAACAAAAUUUGCCAUAGCUGGUUGUCACUGGCACAUUUUUCUCUUCUUGAUGAUUUUUUGUUAAUUGUUUCGUUUACUGUGCCAUCUGUUCUAAAUGGCUGCAUAUCACUGAAUUCAUUUGCCUGCCCUUGAUUAAAGGAACACUCCACUGCUUUUAGUGUAGGUUUCUUGAAUGUUACCUGCAUUUAUACCAGCAACAAAACAAAAAAAAAGCAUUUAAAUACACCUGAUAUUGGCUAAGAAAAAAAAGCCAUUUGCCAUUCUGCUCACAGUCAAAUAAACAAACUUGUCAAAACACGUUUCAAGCAUUCCUACAACUCCCAGCAUUCAUUGCACACUCUGUGAUGCUAACCAGCCACGGUUUGCUAACAUUUUAGCUUGCUACUAUUUUUAUUGGGAUUUCAUGCAAACGGUUCCACUGGCCUGACAAAGUGUGCAGAGGAACUUUGCAUAUUAAUAUGAAAAUACACAUAUGAACAAUAGCUACUUCAUGUGCUGGUCAUCACAUGAACCAUUAAAGAUGCAGAUAAGGUAACGCAGCUAAACCAAGCAGUGGCGUACUCCUUUAAUCCAUGAUCCAGUAAUGCAAAAACUAUGCUAGUCGAUGGUGGGGCCUUGUAACGGACUGAGGUGUGAGGUGCGUUUUAACCACCACUUGUUCGAGCAUGCCUCAAUAGUGUUCUCUGAUCCACAGCCUUUAAGCAAUACUUCUGAUAGUACCCUGGGCUCAACAAUCACUGUGUCACUGCAAUCAACUCUGUUAGGAAAUCUUCAUUAAGUCAAACCAGUGGACAUAUUGGCAGACUUUUCUUUCCUCUGCAAGCCAAGUGGAAAAUGUGAUUUAGGUCUUUUCUUUUUUUUUUUCACAUACACCCACCUGCCCCUGCACCGAAGGCCUCGCCUCAGUUUUAAGUGUCAUUGUUCUCGAGCACAAUCCUACAAAGGGUUACCGAUAUUUGGACUGUAACAUGUCACUGAAUCGUUUUUGAAGGAGUUCUUUUUUUGCUCUCCGGUGCAUCAUUUUUUUAUCAUUUUCAUUAAAAUCAAAAUCAUUUCUAGAGAGUUCCUGUCAUACCCGGCAUGUCGAAGUGACAUCUUGAACACAUUAAUAAUGCAGGUGUAGGAGCAUAUUUAAAAAAAAAAAAAAAAAGGACUUAAACCCAUCAAUAAGAUUGGUCAUAAUUCAUUUCAGAGAUUCUGCUUUGUAAAUCUCCAAGGGUCAUGAACACACAAACCUUAUCUCACAAAGUGAAUCUCAACAGCAGUUUGCCAAAAUCUCAGGUCCAAAUAGUCAAACAUAUUCAGGGUGGAUCUCUGGAUGUGACGAUGACCAGCAUGUUCUAUUCAUAUAUUUCAAAUUAAUUUGCAGCUCAAAAGGCAACAGAGUUCGUACUAUAUGUCAUUGUUGUUUUCUCUUCAUUCUAAAAGGGCUGGCACUUCAUUUAUUAAUCAAUAUGUGAAAAGGAAGCAAUUCCCCCAUCUUGUAGUUUUCUUAAAAAUAUGCAAGUUCUGAAUCAAAGACACCAUUUUUAGAAAAUUCCUGCUCACAACAGAAAACACACGUCAUUAUUUAUACAUCAUUACUGUCCAACAUAAGAGAGCGACUCUUCUUGGUGCACCUGCAGAGUUUGGAAGUUGGAAAAUAUGUGUGACGAAAAUAUAGUGAGUGAAGUUUUAAGUUUAUUUAAAAAAACAAACAAAAAAAAAGAAAACAGCCUGAAUAACUUGGUUUGUUGACUACAAAAUGAAAAGUGCUGUAUUUUAGUUAUCUGUUCAACUGUAGUUCAAUGUUAACAACACCUUGAAUAAAUUGAAGGUGAAAUCACAAGUUCAAUCAUAAACCUGCUGUUUCAAACAAAGGCAACCAGAAUACAACUUACUGUAGACGUGUUCUUCUGAACUCGGGUGAAUGAAGAAGUUCUUCAGGUAAAGAUGAGCGUCAAUCCAGGAUUCAUUUUGUUCCUCGGGGCUUUUUUUUUUUUAUCCUGAGGAACAACUGACAAUCAAAUGUGAACAUUUGUCUUCUCUUAUCCAUAACACCUUGUGUUUUUUUGGUAAUUCUUCUUCAUUGGUGUGUUAGGUGUGUGUUUUGUCCUGACUGAAUCUCUCAGUGGUUCUCUUAGAAGAGGACUGGGGCAUCUCGGCACGGCAAUCUGGUGCGGCUUGAGCUCUUAAUUCAUUGGUUUUUAUCUGCACAAACAAAGUCAAGAGAAUUUGUAUCAACCAAACUAAAUAUGUUUCACAUACUUGAGUCAUGUAUAUUAUCCACCCAGACUGUAUAGGAACAUAUGCAGAACCCUUAAGCCAUAUUUAUCUCCCUGUACGCCCCACUCAUUGAGCUUCGGUAUCCCUCCGUCCGUCAGAGACCAUUCCUUGAUGUAAGAUUGUAUAGUUUGCUGGAACUGCUUGAACAAAUUUUAUUUUGUUGAUUUUCUUUGGAAAAAGAAAGAUGACUCAUUUGCUAAAUUGAUUCAUAUUCUCUUAAAUUAGCACCCAAACCUGACGUCCGUCACUAAAUCAGACACUCUUUGUGUUUUUUGGUAUCGAUCGUAAAAUUUCGAUGCAAAAUUUCGAGCGCAUACAAACUACAGGAAGUAUCCACUGUAACAAGUUUGUAAAAAUGUGGAUUCCACCUUUGGAAACCCAUGAAAUGACCAAUGGACAACUUGUUAGUGUUAUGUGUCGAGUUAAUCAAAACAAGGACGUUCACACUAGCCGUGUUUCCAUUCACAUAGUUUUUGCGUGUUUUGAAGUAUUGCGUACGGAAAAAACACGUCCUCAAUUGCGGAAAUAACGUUUAAACUGACUGCGUUUUCUGGAAUAUUCCCAUAAUGUGCGACUGCUUGUCUUGGUCUCCAAACAACAUGAAACUUGGCCAAUAGUAGCUGACAUGAAAGAAUAAUUCAAACUUGCCCAAUUAUAACAAAUUCCUGAAGGCCUCUACUUCUUUUAUUCAGUUUACUGGCGGAAUGAAGGCAUGCGUAGCCUGUAGCGCCACCUUCUGACCAAACUACGCUGUAGCCAAGUUCAUUUGCUACAAACCAGUUGAUGGAAACACGUCUAAUUCCCAUUUUUGUUUUGUGACAUUUCAAAAGUUUGUUUAAAAUCGACUUGUGAGCUGAAUGGAGACAUGGCUGCUGUAAACACCAACAGGGUUUUUUGAACAAUAUUUUCGUAACCACACUUUAUAUCUUGAUAACCAUCAUAAUAUCUUUAAAUUGUCAUUUUUUAGCUUUCAGAAAGUUAUUUAUUUGGCACCUUACCCACGUUAUAUCCCUAACCUUCUAAUUUCCUCCAUCUUCUUCCAUGUGACAAACCAUUCUUUGGUCUUCAGUUGAAUGAGGUCCCGAGUGGAUCUCAACACCUGUUGAGUUUAAUGGAGAACCUUAUUGAAAGAUUCCCAAUGGUGCUCACAGUUUUCCAUCGUUUUGUUCUUGUCUGGUACGAGAUGGACCUAUUGUGGCAAAUGAUGAAGAUGGUGGUCACUUUUUUUGUCGCCCACAUUUUAAAUGGGUUAGCCAUAAUCCUUGCAAAAAGAAUAUUCCUCUGUGUGUUUAGAAAAUCUCUGUUUGCUGUAAUUAGGCCAACUGCUUUUGAUCUGGCUUGAUGUAAAACAAAGCCAUUUUAAACGUUUAAGGCCAGUCUGUAACUUUGUGUCUGUCAAAUGUGGAGAGCUGCCAUGUGACUUCUCUUUUGGCCAAAAUUAUAUUUAUUUCUGAGGGAAGUUAAAGUAAAAACAUGAAGGCUUUUCUUGGCCUUCUCCACGGGCUCGUCACUGCGGGCAGCAUCAGCCAGCAGGCCAACGGCAGUCCACAUUUCUCCACACCUUCCCUCCAGCUACUAUCUGACAGUCGAGUGCAUUUAGUGAACAUCAGCGAGGACAGACAGCAGCCGUAAUGAUUGACGAAACUAACGUGGCAUCCGCAAAAAUAGUCAGCUGUUGCAAGUGGCAACCGGCGGGGCAGCACUUCAGUUUCAGCUGGUUCAGCCAGCUUCUCUAUAUAUAUAUAUAUACGGUGGGAAUUUAAAUUUAUGUAUUUUAUUUUUGUUCAGCCUUUGCUGUCAAAACUCACAAGGUGGUCUGUUAUCAGACCUGCAGUCUAUUUUAUACUCAACCAUUUUUUGAUAUUAGUUUUUUAAGCUAUUCGGAUGUGACGGGCUAUGUUUUUAUAAUCUUAUUUAGUUUCACACUGAUGUGUUUUUCUUUUUUACUAAAAUGCAAACAUUUUACUUUAACACCAAACUCUUUGUUCUGAUGGAAGUCUUGUAAAGGUCGUUAAAACUCGUGAUUGGCAGAGUUCUUGGAGGACUUGAAGGAAAAGUUUGACCAUUUAGAAAAUAUGCUUAUUUGCCAUUUUUGCUGAUGGUUUUCGACGAGAGGAUUGACUUCACUCUCAUGUCUGUGUGAUAAAUAUGAAGCUACGGCCAGCUGCUGGCUAACUUAGCUUAGCAUAAUCUUAGCUAAUGCUAAGCUAUCCAACUGCUGGCUGUAACUUCCUAUUUACUUUUACGCCCUGAUAUCGAUAUUCUCGUCUAACUCUCGGCAAGAAAAGAGUAUCCCCCAAAAUGUUGAACUAUUCCUUUAAGUCUCCCACCGCGACCAUCCUAACCUCCCCCUCCACGACUAAAGCAAAUGCACUUUUGACAGUCCAGAGUGAGGUUGCAGACUGUGCCACUGGUAAGCCAUAUGCUACUUCUAUUGAAUAAAAUGCUUAAUAUAUGAGGUAAGUCAAGGGUUGUUUAAUUCAUUCUUGCCUAUGCUGGAUAUUAACCAUUAGCCCGGCAUUGGACAGUUCUACCUCCAUCUCUCAGGCACACAACGAAAAUAUUUUGUGUCCAUUUGCUUGCUUCUAAGGCGCUGACGUAUCAAAUUCUCAGCAACAUGUCAGAAAUGUCAAAGCUCAGUGGUUCUCUGUGACAGAACUCUUUAAUUCAUCGGUACCAGACUUUUAUAGAUGUACCCCCAUGGCUAUGCUGUAGUUGCUUCUUCAACUGUGAUCGUGUUUUCCUUUUCUUCUGUUAAUUGUUUGUUCACCGUUUGACGAUUUCUUACUGUAUUUUUAGUGAUCAUGAGCUGAGCAACAGUCAACCGUGAACAUGUUUUUAAAGGUGCUAUGUGUAGUAUUCUCUAAUUACUGUUAAAUUGGACCAAUGGCUGAGAUAGUUUAAACAUUUACCUCCGGUGAUCUACUCGACAAUACUUUAUUUGUUGGAUAAGUCACUUGAUUUUGGAUGACGUCGGCCAUGUUUGCUUCUUUAUUGGCAGACUGGUAGCUGAAUAUUCUGAAGCAACACGGGGCAGAUAAUCGGAUGUGCUGCUAUUAAGCCGUUCAUAGUGAUUAUAAAGUGUAGCACAUGUUAUUCUGUUAGGUAGUGUAAUAUUCAGUGACAAUCCUACACAUAAUACCUUUAAGUGAAAGAAGUAUUAUGGUUUUUCUCAUGGUAAAGACAAAGAAAUUUGUCCAAUUGUGAUUUUUAUUUUCACUGAAUUUACGUUUAAAAAAAGUAUUUUCUGAAAAAAAAGUACAAACUAACGAAUAUUGCAGUUUUAAGAAUUUAUCAUGCUUUUUUUUUUUUUUUUUUUUUGCUUUAUUAAAAAGUGUAUACUCAUUGUGGGCAGUGUUUUAAGUAAUGUUUCAAUUUUGUUAAUUUAUUACCUAAAUGUUAAAAUAUUAAAACUUUUAAAACAUGACACUUGGUACAAACAUACAGUAUAUAUAUUUAAAUAUGAUACUUUGCAUGUGCACUAACUGUGUUGGAUUAAACUGCAUUAAGUUGAAAUAAAAUGGGUUUGAUGCCCAAAAUGAAA